GGAACUUGGAGGAUGCUUAAAUAGCAGGCUUGCCUUCUGCAGUCAGCCUACAGCGGAUCCAGCUUCCAGGUCAACAUGAAGGCUCUCCUCACCCUGGGGCUCCUCUUGCUUUCUGUCCCUGUCCAGGCCAAGGUCUAUAAACGCUGUGAUUUGGUCAGAACUCUGAGAAGAAAUGCAAUGGAUGGCUACAUGGGAAUCAACAUGACAAACUGGGUGUGUUUGGCUCAGCAUGGGAGUAGCUUUAACACAGAGACUACAAACUACAACCAUGGGGACCAAAGCACCGACUAUGGGAUAUUUCAGAUCAAUAGCCGAUACUGGUGUAAUGAUGACAAAACCCCAAAUGCAGUGAAUGCCUGUGGGAUCCCCUGCAGUGCUUUGCUCCAGGAUGACAUCACUCAAGCCAUGCAAUGUGCAAAGAGGGUUGUGAGGGAUCCACAAGGCAUCGGAGCAUGGGUGGCCUGGAGAAACCACUGUCAAGGCCGAGAUCUCACCCAGUACCUUCGCAACUGUAGAUUGUAACCGCCGUGUGCCUCCACCUCAGCUCACUCUGUCUCUUUCUCGCUAUAGAAGUAGUUAUGGGAAAGGUCACACUUCCUCAGUUUCCCCCUCAGACAAGCAGGCUUUUAUCAGAAACAGGAGCACCAUGGAGACUGUCUCCUAAGAGGCUUAAUGCUGACUAACGUGCUCACUGUUUUAUGGAAAGCCUCCAUUUUCCGUUAGCCAAGGCAGCAGAUGCUGGUGACAGUGUUCUAGCCUUGGGUGUCACACACAUCUCUACAUCAGCUCUUCACCUAUGAAGUCAUUCACAUCAAGUGUCAUUGGAACUGAUCUUCAUCUCCCCACUGUUGGAUAGAUAUACAGCAGAUAUGUAAGGAGACAGGAGAUCUUGGGUAAGAUGGCAUCUGUGUGAGCUCCCAGGCCUUGUGUGGGCUCAGCACCCAGACAGUAAAGAAGAGCCACUGUGUGGGGCAAGGUGGGUUUUUAAGGGACCAGAACUCUGAGUGAAUAGACUGCUGCACCUCAGAAACUUGUCAUGAAAUGUGUGUCCUAUCAAAAAAGUAUUUUCUUAGUGCUGGCCCAUUUAUACUCCUUGAAAGUAAAUUCUCAACUCAUGUGUUAAUCUGUUUUAACCCUUGAGAGAAUGUUCCCAGGCCUCUAGCUGAUCAUGAGGUACUGAGGGCAGAUUAGUCUCUAUGCUAGCCCUUAACUUUCUUAAAGUAGCUCCAUGCAUAUCAACUAACUCUAAGACAGAUGAGCUUGUAUCAGCAAAACUAAGUGCACUGUGAAAAACUACAAACAGCCAUUAAAUGAUUUCA